AUGUCUGUGAUUGAUUUGACUAUAAACUGGAAGAACCACUCCGACCACAUAAAAAAUGUAAUUGAAGAAUUGCUAAAAAACAACGAACUAACAGAUGUAACAAUAUUUAUUGAAGGAAACUACAUUAAAGCUCACAAGGUGAUUUUAUCAGCUUGCAGUUUGUAUUUUCGUCAGAUUUUUAAGGAAAUUAAGGAGCCUAGUCCUAUUGUUAUAAUUAAUGGCAUAGAACACUCAAUUUUGCUGAACAUACUUGAUUUUAUGUAUAAUGGGGAAGUUCAUAUUAAAAAAGAGCUUUUCGAUGAUUUUAUGAGAGGGAGUAAAUCAUUGCAAGUUUGUGGAUUAACUUACAUUAAUAAGGAGAGUUUGGACAAGGAUGUUAAUUCCUCCAAAGUUGUUAAGAGUGUAAGAAAAAGACCAAUCAAAAAUAAUAAAGUGGAAAGUAGUAAAAUAUGUAAAAAUGACAUUAAAGAGGAAUUAGUAGAAGUUUUUGAGGAUAAUUCUCAGUUUUUAGAAGAAAAUGUUUUAUUUGAUGCAGUACUAAAACAAGAAAAUAAAAGCACAGAAGAGUACACAUGUGAUAUUUGCGGUAAAACUUAUCAAUUAAAAGAUUCAUUAAAAAGACAUUACAGAGUACACGAUGGAGCAACAACUUGUUCAAUUUGUUCAAAAGUUUUAUCAAGAAAAACACAUUUAGAGAGACAUUUGAUUACUAAACACGGUAUAGUUUCAAAUUAA